AUGGUUCUCCCGAUAAUAAUUGGAGUUGGUGUAACGCUGGUAGCAUGGACCACCCAAUCGGCUCUCCGAGCUUGGCAGAUCUAUAGAACUCUUACUCCAGGCAUGAUAGCAGCUAUGAAUGGGAUCAAACUAACAAAUUUUCGCUCGAAAUACGCAUCAAAAUUUCACAGUGACAGGUUAAACCCGGGGCUGAAAAUGCAACUAAACAAAUGGGAAGGAGGAUUUUAUCAUCCAAUGUCAGAAUCAGAGGCUUUAAUGAUACUAAAUAUUACUCAAAAAGAAAUUAUGAGUUUGAAUGCUCCAUUACUAAAGAAAAAGCAUAGGCUAGCAAUGCUUAAAAAUCACCCAGAUAAAGGUGGAAGUCCAUAUUUAUCAGCAAAAAUCAAUGAAGCAAAGGAAUUAUUAGAAAAAAGUGUACUAACUAGGAAAUAA